AUGGCUCAUCUGCUCCACUGGGAGACGAGGCUUGCAGACAGUGGCACCCUCAGAGAAAAGAGCUACACCUUCUUCUGGAAAGGUAAACCCCCUGAAGAACCCCGCCAGCAUGGUGUUGGCUUUGCCAUAAGGAACACACUGAUGACCUCCAUCGAGCCCCCUUCAGCAGGCACAGAGAGAAUUCUGACCCUCCGCCUGUCCACGUCUUUCGGCUCAGCCACCAUCAUCAGUGUGUACGCGCCCACGCUGUACUCUACCCCUGAGGAUAAGGACCAGUUCUAUGGUGCCCUGGAUGAUAUCAUAUCCCAAACCCCCAGCACUGACAUGCUUUACAUCCUUGGCGACUUCAACGCCAGAGUGGGAGCUGACCACGAGGCUUGGCUCUCCUGUCUCGGUGCCUAUGGACGCGGGAAGAUAAAUGACAAUGGCCAGCGUCUGCUAGAGCUGUGCUGCUACCACGGCCUAUGCGUCACCAACACCUUCUUCCCGUGCAGAGAAAUACAUCAGGUCUCCUGGAGACAUCCUCGUUCACGCCACUGGCACCAGCUCGACUUGGUAUUGACCAGACGCAAGGACCUUGCCAGCGUCCUCCUCACCCGUACCUACCACAGUGCUGACUGCGACACUGACCAUUCCCUCGUCGCCAGUAAGGAACACAAUCACGCUGACUGGUUUGAGGCUCACUGGGACAGGAUGGAGCCUGUGGUUGAGGCUAAGAGGAAGACCUUUCUGGCCUACAAGAACGCUCCGAACCCCACCACGCUUACUGCACUCAGGGUUGCCAGGAAAACAUCCCAGCAGACAGCUCGUCACUGCGCAAACACCUACUGGUUGAAUCUCUGCAGUAGAAUACAGCUUGCUGCAGACGUAGGAGAUGCAAGCGGGAUGUACGAGGGCAUCAAGAAGGCGACAGGUCCAGCACCCAGUAAGUCCGCCCCCCUCAAGACCAAGACAGGCGACGUGAUCACCGACCAAGGCAAGCAGCUAAAACGAUGGGUUGAGCACUACCUGGAGCUGUACGCCAUGCAGAAUGUUGUCACUGAUGCUGCCCUUGCCGACACCCCUGACCUGCCUGUAACGGAGGAACUUGAUGCACUGCCCACAAAGGAGGAGCUCAGCAAAGCCAUCAGCAAUCUCUCAAGCGGAAAGGCCCCAGGGAUUGACAGCAUUCCAGCAGAGGUCCUAAAUAGUGGGAAACCUGCACUACUCGAGCCCCUACACACCCUUCUCUGCAAAUGUUGGGAGAAAGGAUACAUCCCUCAGGACAUGCGUGAUGCGAACAUCGUCACCCUGUACAAAAACAAGGGUGACAAAAGGGACUGCAACAACUAUCGAGGUAUCUCUCUCCUGAGCAUUGUGGGGAAGGUCUUCGCACGAGUCACCCUUGCCCGCUCGCCUCCUGUGUCUACCCUGAGUCCCAGUGUGGCUUCCGUGCAGGCUGGUCAACAGUAG